UGGUGGUGGGGCCUGCUAAUCACUGAAAGGAUAGUCCCUGGCAGCACUGCAAUAGCACCUCACCUGUGUGUGUGUGUGUGUGUGUGUGUGUGUGUGUGUGUGGCUAGCUGUUGGCGGGAGAGUGUCUGCACGUGUAGCGAUGCGUGUAGAGACGAGGAAGCCCCUUCCCUGCUACCUGACUCAGACUCUGGCUGUGACCUUCAACGUGACCCCAGCCCCACCAUGCUGAACAAUGCCUCCCUCGUCUACAUCGCCCUGGAGCUGGUCAUAGCCUUUCUGGCCGUGACCGGUAACAUGCUGGUCUGCUGGGCCGUGUGCCUCAACAGCACCUUGCAGAGCAUCACCAACUACUUCGUUGUGUCCCUGGCGGUGGCAGAUAUCGCUGUGGGCUUGCUGGCCAUCCCCUUCGCCAUCACCAUCAGCACGGGCUUCUGUGCCAACUUCCACGGCUGCCUGUUCAUCGCCUGCUUCGUACUGGUGCUCACCCAGAGCUCCAUCUUCAGCCUGCUGGCCAUCGCUGUGGACCGCUACAUCGCCAUCAAGAGCCCCCUCAGGUAUAACAGUCUUGUGACGUCCGGGAGGGCAAAGGGCAUCAUCGCAGUGUGCUGGGUUCUCUCUGUGGGCAUCGGCCUCACGCCCAUGCUGGGCUGGAACAGGGGUGUCAAUAGCACCAACAGCAGCUCGUGCCCCGAAGGCAUGACAGAGUGCCUGUUCGAGGGUGUGGUCACCCUGGAAUACAUGGUCUACUUCAACUUCUUCGGUUGUGUGCUGGUGCCCCUGCUGGCCAUGCUGGUCAUCUACGCCCGCAUCUUCAUGGCGGCGCGGCACCAGCUGAGACUGAUGGACCUGAAGCUGGUUCACAUGCACGCCCCUGGGGCAUGCUCAUCGUCCACAUCGUCCCGCUCCACCCUGCAGAAGGAGGUCCACGCAGCCAAGUCUCUGGCCAUCAUCGUGGGGCUGUUCGCCCUCUGCUGGUUGCCUCUUCACAUCAUCAACUGCUUCAACCUGUUCUGCCAGGACUGUGGGCGCCCGCACAUCUGGGUGAUGAACAUCGCCAUCAUCCUGUCCCACGCCAAUUCCGUGGUCAACCCCAUCAUCUACGCAUACCGCAUCCGGGAGUUCCGCCACACCUUCCGCAGGAUCCUGCACAAGCACAUGCUGGGGCACCGGGAGGGGCAUGGAGCUGGGGGAGGGUGUGGCAGAGGGCUGGGUAGCAGCAGCAGUAUCACACGUGCCUCUACUCGCAUCAGCAUGGUGGACAGCUCAUGUGGCACCAUGGGGAACAGUUAUUCCCUGGAGCCCGGCCCCAAACUCAGCCCCACUCGGACCCCCAUAGAGACCCAUAGAGCUGGGAAAGAAGCUUACUCUGACUCCUGCCAAUGGUCACCACCACAGUCAGACACUGCACCAAUCAGCUCCAUUGAAAAUGGACACAACAAAGGUGAUGCCCCGGUGUCUCCCAGGCAGCAGCAAUGCAUCAUGGGAUGUGCGGACCAAUGUGGGGUUGAGACUACAACAGAGUUGAUGGGGGUGAAGGACAGUGGGAACAUAUCCUUUGUGCACGUCAGGCCUCUGUCCCCCACACUAACCAGCCCUAACCACUCAGUAGAGGUGUCAUGACAUAGUUAUCCCCAUGAUGGACAAGUUACUGAUACCCCAACGUACAUCAUCAACUAGGAGGGGGAGAAGUGAGGGACCAGGUCAAAAGCAGGUUCCCUUCACCUGUAAGAUAAAUUCUACCGAAAUAUUGGAAAUGGUUGCCCUGACUAGAAAUAGCUUUUCUUUCUUUAGGAGGGAGACUUCUUAGCCUGAAAGGGCAACAACAAACUGUUAUUAAAUUACGCCUAGCCAUUGAGCUUUUUUCUUUCUUCAAAUUAUUGUAUCUGUUGUUCUUGUUUACUUAUCACAUAGCUGUUAUUGGUGGACACAUUUUAUACACGUUACCUCCGAGGCUCUUUACUGUAGGCUAAUAGUCUUUCAGAAUUGAAAAUGUAUGACGAUAUAAAUGAAUGGUCUGAUCUACUGAGCACCUGUCAUAUGCUGACAGAUUAUGACCGAAACCAUAUUGACCCUGGACACUGUCCAAUACUGUAUGACUCAAUAUUUGGUAUUGCUGGCCAACCACUACUGAGUUACCUACUGUAUGUCAGUGUGAGACUUCGGGAAUGUAUUCUCUCUCUUUUGCAAUGCAGUAUUCCACCAAAUGUGUCAUAUCAUCUUUUCAAAUGCUGGUCCUGUAAUAUUCAUAUGUGUAAACAUACUGAAUUAUAAUUGGAUGCAUUUUACCGCCGUAUCAUACUGUGCUAUGAUUGGUUAAGACCACCCAGGUGGUUAGGUCAUGGUCAGUUGAUCAUGGUUGAGAUACGUGAACAUGCAAGUUAUAGCUAGCUAAUAAAGAGCUACGUUAAGAAAUA